UUCAUUGUUGAUUGUGAUUAAAGUUUCUGGCUGUUGUAAAGAAAAGUUUCUUAACUGUUAUUUUCAGCCGACCAUAUAAAAAAUUAAUUAUUAUUAUUUUAAUUUGUGAAUUAGCGGAAGACAAUUUUUAGUGUAAAAAAGUGUUUUGCUGCAUUUUGAAGAAUGCGUUCCAAUUUGAUUCUCUUUCUUACUCUUCACUGUCUGGCCACCUCAUCGUUCCUGAAGGUGGCCACAGCCAUUCCUUUCGAAACGCCCGACGAACUGGAGAAGAGAAUUUCGGCUUCUGAUAGGAUAAAUGAGGACUAUCCUGACUACCAACUGGGAGUGAGAUAUGAUGAAUAUCCUACUAUCGUGCCUAAGAAACGAACUGCUAUGCUGGUAAACCGAUUGAUGGUGGCGUUAAAGGACGCCCUAGAGGAAGACGAUAGGGGCAGAAAUGGAAAACCACCAGGAGCUUAUGGAAAUAGCAUCCCUGAAGAUGUACGAAGCAUGGAUUUGCAACGUCGUGGCCACCAAUCUUCCAUAACAAAUGGACAAAAUAAAGCAAGGAUUUAUUGGAGGUGCUACUUUAACGCCGUAACCUGUUUUUAAUUUUUCAAAAAAAUGUACUAGUUUAAGUAUAUUUUAUUGAAUGUACGCUCAAACUUGAGGUACCCAUCUUUGUGCUAAAAAUUGAACUAAUUUAUUUGUGCCACAAUCUAAAAUAAAGGGCUGUACAUUUAGAUAUAGAUAUUAAGGUUUUAUUCAUAAAAGGUGCGUAAUUUUAAAGUUUAAAUGAUGCAUUGUCCUAAUUAAAAAAAUAAUUAUUUUUAUAUAAUUAAAGGCUUUUCGCGUGGGCACUUAAUAUGAAUAAAAAUUACUUAAAUAAAACUACUAACAGUAUACAUAUUUAAAUUAAAUAUUGUA